AUGGCGUGGUACCAACAGCGGGAGUUCGUAAAAUGCGCGUCACUGCUUAUAGUACCUAAGAAAAUCGACGCAAAUGACGAGCAAAAGUACCGAGUAGUAGUAGACUUCCAGAAACUGAAUAACUUGACGGUUGGGGACGCAUUUCCAAUGCCCAACGUGAACGAGAUCCUGGACCAAUUGGGAAGCGCCAAAUAUUUUAGCUGUUUGGAUAUGAUAAGUAACCUAACAUUAGGUACCACUACACCCAAGGGAUCAAGAGAAAACAGCCUUCAGUACGAACCAGGGGUACUACGAAUUCCAGCGGAUGUGCUUAGAUUUUAAGGAGCACCAUCAACAUUUCAACACCUAGUAAAUCGAGUGUUAUGAGAAUAAAUAGUUUCACGGCUUUCGUAUACCUAGAUGACGUUAUAUUUGUCGCAACAGUGGAGUAACACAGAGAACGACUGAAAGUUUGAGUGGUUCCGUGUCUACAAUUUCAAAUUACAGCCAGUAAAAUGUAAGUUCGUGUGACGAAAGGUAAAUUACUUAGGGCACAUAAACAAAUCGUCCAACCAUACAGUGAAGUAGACAAUGAUUAUUACGAAUACAACACGGACGGAUACUUAGAAGAUAUUCAUAGAUAUCUUUGGUCCUAUCUCAACGUCUUACUGAGAGAACUCUUAUACCCUUACGAUACAGGAUGAUCUCACGAAGUAUUCAUUAGCAAUACCCAUUCUUCAACAUAAUGCAAAAACAAUAGCCAAAUAAAAUCGUAGAAAAAUUCGUCUGUAUCCAUGGAGCACCUCAGUUCAAGAAACGGAUCAAGGCGCAGAUUUCAUGGGAAGGUUUUUUCUGCGUAUUAUAAGUUAUUAAAAAUUGAAAAGUUUCACACUACAGCGCACCACUCACAAGCAGAUGGUUCUUUAGAAUACAGCAACCGAACCUUAGCGGAAUAUCUAAGAUAUUAUGUAGAUCUAAACUUGCAGUAUUGAGAUGAUUACGUUCCCUACUCGAUGUUUGUUUAUAACGUGACUCCGCACACAACAACAAAUCGUCAACUAUAUGAACUAUAGUAUGGAAAACCAGCUGAGAUACCUCAUUCUUUAACAAGAACAGAAGAAGCGCGGUAUAAUUACGACGAUUACAGCUUGGAUCUGAAACAGAAAUUGCAAAGAGCGCAUGACACUGUUAGGAAAACUAUUAUAAAGAAGGAGAAAUCUAAGAAAGCUUACGAUCGUACGUCAAAACCAAUCAACGUACAUGUGGGUGAUAAGGUACUAAUUAAAUGGCACACCAUAAAAGGUAAAUUGAACGCCAAGUGGGAAGGGCCAUUAGAGAUCGUAGGACGCAUCGCCACGGAAAAUAUAAUUAUUCAGAAAGGACGAAUAGAAAUCAAAGUUCAUAUAUGGUGA